GACGACAUCAUUUUCAUGGCGCUUCCCACGGGAUGUGACGGAAUUGUGAAAGGACUCUAUCCCCUCCCCUUCUUUUCUCUUGACGUCUCCACUUCCACGUCUCUAGUGUGUGUGUGUUCCGGUGUGGAGUGCAGCUUCCCCGUAGUGGAGGAGGGUCCGGGUCAUGGCGGCUGUGUCCGGCACGGGGGGUUCCGGCCCCCCAGCUGGGGCCGGUGUGAAGGACGGGGCCCGGGUCGCCAUGCUUUGUAUGCUGUGGUACUCGGUGAGCUCAGGUGGGAACGUGGUGAACAAAAUCAUCCUGAACAACUUCCCGUACCCGGUGACGGUGUCUCUAUUCCAUAUCCUGGCUAUCUGCUGCUUCCUCCCUCCUAUGCUCCGAGCCUGGGGGGUUCCUCACACCCAGCUACCCGCCAGGUAUUACCGCUGGUACAUCAUCCCGCUGGCCUUCGGGAAGUACUUCGCCUCGGUGUCCGCUCACUUCAGCAUCUGGAAGGUGCCCGUCUCCUAUGCACACACCGUGAAGGCCACAAUGCCAAUAUGGGUGGUGCUGUUGUCUCGAAUAAUAAUGAAGGAAAAGCAGACCACAAGGGUGUAUUUAUCUUUGGUUCCAAUUAUUGGAGGAGUUCUUCUGGCAACUGUUACUGAAAUCUCCUUUGACAUGUGGGGCCUGAUCAGUGCUCUUGCUGCCACUCUGUGUUUCUCUCUGCAAAACAUCUUUUCCAAGAAGGUGCUGCGUGAUUCCCGAAUCCAUCAUCUAAGAUUACUGAACCUUCUGGGAUGUCAUGCUGUAUUUUUCAUGAUACCUACAUGGGUGUUACUGGAUCUUUCAUCCUUCUUGGUGGAGAGUGAUCUGAGCUCCAUCUCUCAAUGGUCAUGGACACUUCUCCUCCUGGUAAUCAGCGGGACUUGUAACUUUGCCCAGAACCUGAUUGCCUUCAGCAUCCUUAAUCUUAUAAGCCCUCUAAGUUAUUCUGUAGCCAAUGCCACAAAAAGGAUCAUGGUUAUUACAGUCUCUCUUUUCAUGCUUCGCAAUCCGGUGACUGGCACUAAUGUUUUAGGCAUGUUGACUGCAAUUCUUGGAGUUUUUCUUUAUAACAAGGCCAAAUAUGAUACGAACCAGGAAGCAAAGAAGCAAUUACUUCCUAUUGCCUCUGGAGAGAUUCAAGGCUUGGAUCACCACCAUGAACAUCCAGAAAAGCUUCAGAAUGGCAUUGCUGCUUUCACUCCUGGAAGAGACUAUCAGUAUAGUCGGACAAAUAUACUGACUGAUCAUUUUCAGUAUAGUCGACAGAACCACCCAAAUGCACACAAUCGAUACGACGUUUGAAGCAUCAUCCCAUGGCGUUCCCCCUUACUCCACUUGCUUCACAUCACACUUCAUCAAGAAAAGGCCAAACAUUUCAUACCUGUACUGAUCAUUGGUUACAGUAUGAUUUGUUGCUUGUCCAUUGGAAGCGGAGAUGCAUGGUAGGCUUGCCCAAAUGCAGUGUAGGGCAUGAUCAAAGCUUUGUCUUUUUGUUCAGCCCCUAAUUCUUCUGCAUCUAGACUAUAAGAUGUGUGGCAGUAUAGGAUUUUAGACUUAAUUUUGCCACCUUCAGCUCCUUUUGGUUGAGCAUUUCCUCUAUCCCCACAUUUUCAGAAGUAUUGGAUCCCUCAGGCUGCUGCAUGCAAAUGAGUCUUCAGCCUUUCUAAAAAAGAGCACUAUCUUCUGUCUUGUCUACUCCUGGAAACCGCACACUGCAAUAUGCACAUAACUCAUAAGAAAUGGGCCAGUGUUUGGACUAUAAAAAUGUACAUUUGGAAUGAAAGAUGGUUAUGAUAUCCCUACAUUUUAUUCACAUGAAUCUGGUUAUUAUGGAAGGCAUUCAGAUCUUGGUGUAACAAAUCCUUGUUUCUGUGCAGGUAUCUAAAAAAGGGGUUGCCAUUAAUCUGUUACUAGCUAAAUUUUCCAGUAAAAUGUAAAAAUUUA